AUGAUGAGAACUUUUGAGAUGACUGAUCUUGGAAGGUUACAUUAUUUUCUUGGUAUCGAAGUAAAACAAACCAACAAGGGUAUUUUUAUUGCACAAGAGAGAUAUGUCACAGACUUGCUGAAAGAUCUCAAUAUGGUGAAUGAAGAACCCAUCGCAACACCUAUGAAUACUAAUGAAAAGCUUGUAAGUUCUGAUGGUACAGGAAUGGCAGAACCCCAGAUGUACAGGAGCAUAGUUGGGAGACUAAUAUAUCUUACACACACAAGACCAGACAUAAGCUAUGUUGUUGGUGUGGUCUCAAGGUUCAUGCAUUCACCUACAAAACAUCAUUUUGGAGCGGUAAAAAGGAUCAUUCGUUAUGUUGCUUGCACCAAGCAUUAUGGAAUAUGGUAUAUGAAGUCAAAGAAACUACUGUUGGAAGGCUUUACAGACAGUGACUGGGCAGGGUCACAAGAAGAUAGAAGGAGCACAACUGGAAAUUGUUUCAAUGUGGGAACUGGAAUUAUCUCAUGGUUAUUAAAGAAGCAAGAAACCGUGGCAUUAUCCACAGCAGAGGCUGAGUAUGUGGCAGCCUCAAUCACAGCAUGUCAAGCAAUCUAG